CAGCUCUCUGAUUGGUCGUCUUGCACUUCCGAUCGUAUACACGAAGAUGGCGACGUCUAAAAGUGCGAAUACAUAUAACAGACAAAACUGGGAAGACUCUGAGUUUCCCAUUUUGUGCCAGACAUGUCUUGGGGACAACCCUUACAUCCGAAUGACAAAGGAAAAAUAUGGCAAGGAGUGCAAGACAUGCGGUCGACCCUUCACAGUGUUCCGUUGGUGUCCUGGGGCUCGAAUGCGAUUCAAGAAAACUGAGGUGUGUCAGACUUGCAGCAAACUAAAAAACGUCUGCCAGACCUGCCUCUUAGAUUUAGAAUAUGGCUUACCUGUCCAAGUGCGUGACUCAGCCUUGAAGCUACAAGAUAGCAUGCCGAAGUCUGAUGUUAAUAAAGAAUACUACACUCAAAACAUGGAGAGAGAGAUUGCCAAUACUGAUGGAAUUUCGCCUGUAGGGGCUCUGACAGGCAAAGCACAAACACCUAGUGACAUGCUGCUGAAACUGGCCAGAACAACUCCCUAUUACAAACGAAAUCGGCCUCACAUUUGUUCUUUUUGGGUAAAAGGUGAAUGCAAAAGAGGCGAGGAGUGUCCGUAUAGACACGAAAAACCAACUGAUCCUGACGAUCCAUUGGCCGAUCAGAACAUUAAAGACAGGUUCUAUGGCAUCAAUGAUCCAGUAGCAGAGAAGCUUCUAGGUCGCUACAAUUCCAUGCCAAAGCUGGAGCCACCAGAAGAUAAAACAGUUACCACUCUAUAUGUUGGCAACCUUGGCGACAAAGUUGGGGAAAAGGAACUCAGAGACCAUUUCUACCAGUUUGGGGAAAUUCGAUCCAUCAACAUAGUGAUUAAACAGCAGUGUGCAUUUGUACAAUUCACAUCUCGCUCAUCUGCUGAGGCAGCCGCUGACAAGUCUUUUAAUAAGCUGAUCAUAAAUGGACGUCGGCUUAAUAUCAAGUGGGGGCGAUCGCAAGCACAACAGUCCAUGGUUCGGAAAGAUAAUAUGGAAGGCGAUCUUCCUUUGGAGCCAGUUCCUGGUCUUCCAGGAGCUCUACCAAUGCCUCCCGAAGAGUUGUCAAAUAAUUACUUCAAUCUUGGGGGAGGUCCUUCACCAGCUAUGCCUCAUAUGCCUCCUCGGGGCAUGUCUCCACGAGGUCCCCCACCCAUGCACCCGUUUGGCAUGCCUAUACGUGGACCAUUUCCACCAGGUAUGCACCUCCCACCACCACCACCUGGUGUAAUGCCCAUGCGACCUCCACCUGGAAUGCCACCUCGACCAUCUGGACCUGCCCCUGUUCACUAUCCUUCUCAGGAUCCAACCAGAAUGGGCGCUGUUGCCUCAGCCUCCAAAAGUUAAAUAAAGUGUUUUUAUCAAGAACUAUCUUGAUGGAUGAGAAAAAGUUUCAUCUUUGUAAAAGCCAUGUUUGUGUGCUGAUUGGUAAUGUGGGCAAAAAUGCAUUAAAAUGGUAUUUGAAUGGAUUUAAGACAGACCAAUGAUUCAUCAAAAGUUGAUAAAAAGAGUGGGGCAAGAAGAGAGGGCAUAAACAGCCAGCUAACUGCCAUGAGCCAUAAAUGGAGCUAAACUGUAGCAAAAACACAAAUUUUUCCAUGCUGAUUAGCUGUACUCGGCAUGGGAAAUCCUUGGAACUGAAGAAUACUUGUAAAGCUGACCAAAAAAAAGAGUGCAGCUAUCUUCCCUCUUGGUAUUUGCAAUACCUCUUGUUUUUGUAGCAAGUACCUUAACAUAACAUGAGUAUAAAGGCUGUUGUUGGAGAUGAGUACAUGAGUUGUGAUUGCUUCAAACGUAGCUUCAACAUUUCAAUGUCACAGUUAUACGUACACUGCUAUAAAAAAUGUUAGUUACAGGAACACAAGAACUUUGUUGCUUUUGAAUAAUUUGGCAUGUUCCUGGACUUGGGGUAGUUUUAUCCUUGCUGCUGGCAGCAGUAGUAUGUUGUUAUCACUGGCUGGUGAGAGACAAACCAGAGGAAACUCAUUAUGUGAGAAAAAUUUUGAAGAUAAAAAAUAACAGUGUAAGAAUCCUUAAGAUCUUUUCAUUGACUUUGGGAACAGAAUUUUCUGAUGAUAAAUGACUUAAGCAACCAGUUUAUAGAAAGUCCUAGUGACUGCAGUGACAGAGCAUAAUCCACCCAUCCUUUUUUGUCUCCUUAGUUUGACAUGCCAAUGUCCCAGUGGGGAAUGCGAUGCAUAGGCAAAGUAUAUCAAACCUUUCUUACCUUGUUAACUUUGAUGGAUGUCUAGAAAGUGUCAGAUUUGGGCUGAAUCCAAAUGUGACCAACAAAAAUAAUGUAUGAUUAUUGGUGCUUUGUGCAAACAAAAGGGUAUUUGAUGACAUGCUUAUUAAUGUAUACCUGCAAACAGGUUGUACUGUUGCUUGGGAAAGAUUUGAACCCAUGAUUCUUACUUUUGACUACGAGUGUUUUACCGCCAUGAAUGUUGGAUGUACUUAAUAAAGUCUGCACAGAGUAAAGCUCCUUAGAAGUGUGGAAAACUCUU